CCUAAACUAAAGCAAGUCUCAUGGACUCGCGGAUUCAAAUUCUCUAGUGAUUAGAAUAGUGCCAUCUUGAGCAUAGUAUUGCACUCGAUCCGCGCGGUCCCGGUCAGUUGCAUAUAUCCAAUAUGGCUGGCCGAGGUGGUUACGAAGAUUCAAGAGAUUAUGGUGGUGGAUUUCGAAGUGGCAGAAAACCGUUGCCAACUGAACCACCUUAUACCGCUUUCGUGGGAAAUCUGCCAAAUGGAAUUGUACAAGGAGAUGUUGAUAAAAUCUUUAAGAAACUUAAUGUUAAAGGAAUCAGAUUGGUUAAGGAUAAAGAGACGGAUAGGUUUAAAGGCUUUUGUUAUGUUGAAUUUGAAGAGUUGGCAGAUUUACAGGCUGCAUUGGAAAUGGAUGGCGCAGUAGAAGUAGAUAAUAGUGUAAUAAAAAUAGAUGUAGCAGAGGGUAAAAGAAAUGAUCGAGGAGGUGGUUUUGAUAGAAGAGGUCGCACUGGUGGUGGCAGUGGAGGAGGCUUUAGAGGGAGAGAUGGUGGCCGUAGUGGAUAUGGUGAUGAUUUUGGAAGCAAAUCUAUGUAUUCUAGAGGUUACGUAGGUCAAACUCAAGGCCAAAGCCAUGCUGGUAGACAAGGUAGUACAUGGGACAUGAGGGGUAACCGGGGUAACUAUACUCAGUUUAAUGAUGAUACAGGAGGUGGAAGUCGAGAAUGGUCGCGUAAUGCAUCGUCUAGAUCAUACGGCACUAGACCACCUCCUCCUCGUGGAACUGGAUCUGAACGAAAACCAUUUCAUGAUGAACCGUUCCAUAAAGAUCCACCUCCAGCUGACACAAGUGGAAGAAAGCGUCUGGUAUUAGCACCAAGAACAAUUCAGGACCCCAUAAACGCAAUUGCAGAAUCAAGUAAAUCAAGUUCGAUUUAUGGUGGCGCAAAACCUCGGGAGGAAAAAAUUAAUACUGACGACAAGUAAACAUAUUAUCAUUUUUAGUUUCUGAUUCCCUAACUCUAGGGAAGGAACUUCUCCAACAAAAAAACGUUUGGAAACAAAUACAAGAUCCCCUAGUUUCCUCGAAUGUAGUGGGGAGAAUCUCUUCGGAGAUGAAAUUGUAAUAAUUUUUAUUUACCCCUAAGGGGAGUCUUCCCCCACAAUAACGAUGAAAAGUGAUUUAAUGAGAUUCUUAAGUUCGACGCAUUUGGCAUUUUUAAUUAAGAAUAAAAGUUUUUCAUCUAGUGCCCUCUCUAUUUAAACUAAUGUCUUAGUUUGAAAAAACUGUAACAAUAAAUUUGGAAUUUAAAGUAAAAACAAUUGUGUGCACCAUGCAUGCUUGAGUAAUAUUGGUUAUGUGUAAUUAUGUAUGUAUAUACAUAUGACCAAUCGCAUCUCGUAUGUAUGUAUAUAUGUGUGUGUGUGUAUGUAUGUAUGUAUGUAUGUACACACGUGCGUGCACACAGCACUUGAAUUUUAUGUGUAUAUAUAUAUAUAUAUAUAUAUAUAUAUAUAUAUAUAUAUAUAUAUAUAUAUAUAUAUAUAUAUGUAUACACGUGAAUAAUGAUGUGAUACGGAAAGUACAUUUUAAUAUUCACGUCAAUUUCAUGUUGGGUGUUGUAUCAGUUUAUAAUAAUAUUGAUGGUAUGUGUACAAACUAUUACAAAAUAUAUACUGUCACCAUAUAUAUUUGAUUCCAUAUAAAAACUGAUCUUCUAAUAAUAUUGUACUCGAAUAAUCUUUGUUUUUAGGAGUACAAAAAACAUUGUCCUUUUUUUCAUUUCCUCCCUUAUAAUUUUUAUGUUUCAUUUUAAUACCAAUCAUUGUAUGUGCUUAUUAAAAUGAUUUAUGAAUAAUUGUUUAAUAUAAAAAGUCGUAUAUGAUUAGAAGUAUUAAACAAUUAUUUACGCGCUUGUGAAAUAACAACAAAAGAUUAGAAAGAAUAGAAAGAUAUUUGAGUGAUUGAAGAAAUUAUACAUCACUGAAUGGUAUGAGGAUAACGUGUCGAUUAUUACUCAUUAAUACUGUAUAAUGGAUUAAUUAAUUAUGCUAGUAAUAAAUAUUGAUCAUUUGAAAAGAUAUCGAUGAUUACGAGAUAAUAAAUAAAGAAAAAACUUGAAUUAAUGACAAAUAUUAUAUAAAAAUUAUGCUUGUAUAUGAUACUAUUUCCUGAAUAAAGUAGUCGUUUGCCUUCUA